AUGAGGCCCGAUGACAUUGAGAAAAUCCAUGGAUCACCUUCCCUACACAGCAUAAGCCAACAUGAGCUCACCAGCAGCUCCUCAAAUGACCCAAUCAAGGAAACCAUUCACGACCCCAAACCACAAACGAGAUUGAGGCGAUGGAUCUCCAACAUGAAUGGCGUGGAAACCAGAGGUAUCGAGCCGGUACCACUGGAAGAAAGGGAGCCGGUGACCUCGUCAACAUCCCUGCAUAUGAUGAUUCUCUGGUUCAGCAUGAGCUUGGCGACGAAUAACAUCACCGUCGGAUCGAUAGGAACGUUGGUCUUAGGGCUGAGCUUCAAGGAUGCGGCGAUUUGCGCGAUUCUGGGGAAUCUGGUCGGGACUAUGACGGUAGGAUAUAUGAGUACUUGGGGACCUCGGAGCGGGAAUAGGACUUUGAUUGUCGCACGUUACUUCAUGGGGUACUAUCCCAGUAAAAUCUGCAGCGCGCUGAACAUCCUCACCAAUCUCGGCUAUUGCAUGGUCAAUUGUGUGACCGGCGGCCAGAUUCUCUCCCGGGUUUCCGGUGGGCAUAUUUCCGUGCUGGUGGGCAUCGUGGUCGUGGCCCUCUCGAGCUGGGCAAUGGCCAUUUUUGGAAUGCGCAUUUUCCAGAUCUAUGAACGAUUUGCAUGGCUCCCUCAAUUAAUGGUUCUCUGUGUGAUGCUCGGCUCCGCAGGCCCUCAUUUCGACUUUGAAGUCCACACGCCCGUCUCGCGCGGCCGACUCAAUGCCAAACGAGUCACCUUCUUCUCUCUCGCUCUAUCCAUUGCUCUCGCAUGGGCACCGCUGGCCGCAGACUACUACGUCUACUACCCACCGCACAUCAAGCGCUGGCGGGUCUUCGCCGUGACGGUGCUCGGCAGUGCCCACGCAAUGAUCCUCACUCUUCUGCUCGGCAUCGGACUCGGCACGAUGAUGGCGAGCUCGCCCGCCUACCUCACCAAGUACGGCUCCACGCCAGGCGGCCUGCUGAUGGCGGCAUAUGAUUCCCUCGGAGGGUUCGGCAAAUUCUGCGCCGUGGUCAACGUGCUGGCGCUGGUCACGAAUAAUACGCCCGGGGCGUAUUCGAUGGGAAUGAAUUUCCAGAUGCUGGGUGGCUUCUUCUGGCGCGUUCCCCGGUCCGUCUUUACCACGCUGGCGACCGUGAUUUAUACCGCUUGUGCGAUGGGGGGUCGCAAUUCGUUGUACGAGGUGUUUAAGGGCUUCUUACCGCUGAUUGGGUAUUGGGUGAUGAUUUGGUUGAUAAUCGUGAUGGAGGAGGACGUGUUCUUCCGUCGGUUGAAGGGCUAUGACUGGUCGGCGUGGAAUUCGCCGCAGCGGCUGCCCGUGGGGAUUGCGGCGGGUGUGUCGUUUAUAGUUGGCUGGGUGGGGGCCAUCAUCGGCAUGAACCAAGUCUAUUAUCGCGGCCUUCUGGCCCAGGUUGCCUCGGGGGCAGACUUGGGCCUUUGGACUGGGGCUGCAUUUACAGCCGUGGUCUUCCCACCACUCAGAGCGAUGGAACUCUUUUAUUUCAGGCGCUAA